AUGAGUUUCCGCAAGGGCAUGUCAGUGAUCCCCUCCCCCUCCGACGGAGAUGGUGGACUGGGGGGAGAGGCCGACCUAUUUUUGCUAAAGGCAAACGGGAUACGCGAGACAAGUGUGGUUGCCGAUCUGCUCAACCUUGCCGGCAUUCGGGGGCCCUCAGAACGGCCCCACUCGCCAGCGCCUGAUGCUACAGGAAACAACACAACUAAUGGUAGCGCGAGUAGGCGUCGAGAGGGCAUGCAUCGGCGAGGGAAAGCACAAGCACCGGGAAGGCAAGGCACCGAAGAAGCCAUUGAAGGUGGUGGGAAAGGUGAUGGUGGAGGCCGCUUCACAAAUGAAAACAGCAGUGGGGACGAAAGCGAAGUCGGUGACGUUUCGACGGUUGACGGAAAUGGGGUCGCUACGCCGCGACGCAACAAUAAAGCCCGGGGCGCUACCUGCAGAGCGAAACAAGUAUUCAAUGAAGAAGGUUGGCAUAGAGGAGGAAGGGCAAGCGCCGCAGGUAUAUGUGUGCUGUCAGGGGCGCCAGAUGGUGUCGGUGUUGAGUCCCUUGACCAGGCCGCCAGACCAACGACGACCAAAGAGACCGAGAGACGGAGGCCUACCAGUCGCUCAAAGAUCAGGCAACACCACACUGGCGGAAGCAGUGGUGAUGGCGGUAUCGGCGGCGGCAGUGGCGACAGGGCUGCUCCCGCGUGGGAGGGAUCUUUUCGGGCGUGGGACGGGGGAGCUCCGUCAACAGAGGAACUCGUCCCAAAGAAUACCCUGGGCUAUGGUUAA